AUGAAGCUUAUUUUUUAUAUUUCAAUACUAUGCCGCUGUUUAUAUAUUGUUAGAAGAAAACGACAUUCCUAUUUCCCAAUGUUAUCAUUAGAAGAUCAAAAAAUUAUGUACGAUAGAUAUCUUUCAUUGAUUAUAUAUGAGCAAGAAAGACCUGAAUUUGAAAAUUUUGAGGAUUCAAUGAUUGAUAUUAAGGAGGUCAACAAGUUUAGAAGCCAAAUUAAAAACAAUAUGGAUAUAACCGUUCUGGUAAUUGAUUUGGGUGGAUCAUCACUAAAAAUAUCUCUCAUAAAAUGUAUCUAUAAAAAAGACAACAUAAAUCCUGAAUUUGAUGUUAUUAAAAAUAAAAGAUUAGACUUUGCAGUAGAAAAUAACAUUGAACCUUUGAGUAAAUAUUCCUGGAACAAUUGGGUGGCCAAAAAAACAAAUGAAUUCUUAAAUGAGUUAAAAAAUGAAGCACCAAGCAUUCAGGUUCCCGAAACAGCAGCUCUAUCAUUUUCAUUUACGAUAAAGCAAACAUCUCUUUCCUCAGCUGAAUUUGUAGCAUGUAAAAAACAUUGGUGGUUUUCACCUGAGGGACUAAAUAGUAAUAACAUUGUUGAAGAUCUGAAUAAAAGUUUAAAUUCGGAAAAAAUAAAAAUAAAGGCAAACUGUGUAUUGAAUGAUGUAAUUGCAACAUUGAUGACCGGAUUUGCCUUGAAUCUAAAAAAUCCGAUAGGCAUGAUUAUUGGAACAGGCACGAACGCAGGAUAUUUGAUAAAGAAAAAUGAUAAGGUGAUGCUUGUAAAUACUGAAUGGGCAGCAUUUGAUAUUGAUAAUAUUUUUAAUAUUGAUGAGUGUUCAAAAAAGUUCUUUGUUGAUGAACAAACAAAAUCAGAAUAUCGAAAGCUCGAAGUGUUAACGGCAGGGAUGAAACUCGAAGCAAUUAUUAAAGAAAGAAUUAAAGAACUCGAAGUAUUUGAAGAGUCAGAGAUCGAUAGUUUAGAUACAUUUAAACUAUAUGAUAUUUACAAGAAAGUAUCAAAUAGUGAUGUAAAUAGAGAAAAUAUAACAUUAUUUGAAAGAACAAUAUGCGAAGUGUUUAAAGAUUUUAAGAAAAGAACAUACAAAAUAUUGGCACCAAUGAUCUUAGCUGCAGCACAGAACAAUGAUGAGUUUUCAUUGAUUACAAAUGGCACUAUUUUAGGAAUGGGGUAUGAUAAUAUAUUAUUGAGAAAAGAGCUAUCAAAAUGUAACAAAAACAUCUUACCAAAGCCCAAACGACUUAUAGGUAUUUACUACCAUGAAAAUGCAUCGUUAAUAGGUGCAGCAUUCACCAGCAUUAUAUUUUCCAGAUGGCACAAUCAAAUGCCCUUAGCAUCAAAUUGA